UCCUUUCCCCCAGUUCCAGGAAGGGCUGCGGGUGUUCACUUUCAGUUUCGUUUGCCUUGGAAAGAGAGAGGGAAGCCUGCUGCUGCCUUUGAUGCUCUUCAGCAGGCUCCCUAACUGUGCUCCCUAAACGAGUCAAGCAUCGCAGCUCUUGUCAGAGCUCUGAGUUCAGAACUAGAAUGAGUGCCUCAGAGAGCCUUCCUGAGAUCGACGAGGGACUGUAUUCCCGCCAACUCUAUGUGCUGGGCCAUGAGGCCAUGCAGAAGAUGGCAAGAACUGAUGUGCUGGUCUCUGGGAUGAAGGGACUCGGGGUGGAGAUUGCCAAGAACAUUAUCCUUGCAGGUGUGAAAUCUGUCACUGUGCAUGACCAGAACAAGAUCCAGUGGAGUGACCUUGCCUCACAGUUCUAUCUGUCGGAGGGUGAUGUAGGGCAAAAUCGAGCAGUGGUCUCCAAGCGCCAUCUCAAAGAGCUAAACAGCUAUGUCUGUGUGGUACCCUAUACGGAAAGACUGUCCGAGGGCUUCUUGUCUACUUUCCAGGUUGUGGUCUUGACCAACUCAACAUUGGAGGAACAGCUGCAUAUCAGUGAUUUCUGCCAUGCCAACAACAUUUGCUUGGUCCUAGCUGACACAAAGGGCCUGGCUGGACAGCUUUUCUGUGACUUUGGAGAAUGCUUUGUGGUACAUGAUCCUUCAGAGGCUGAACCUGUCUCUGCCACCAUUGAACACAUUACCCAGGAAAACCCAGGCAUACUGACAAUGGCUUGGGAUGAUGAGCAAGGACAACACCCCCACUUUCAGGAUGGUGACUAUGUGAUCUUCUCAGAGGUUGAAGGGAUGGCAGAACUGAAUGAAUCAGAGCCCCGUCCCAUCCAUGUGAGAGGGGAAUACAGCCUGGAAGUUGGAGACACAUCUUCCUUUUCUCCAUACAAGAGUGGUGGGAUCAUCACCCAAGUCAAGAUGCCUCAGAAGUACUCCUUUAAAUCCCUGCGUUCCUCCAUGGCUGAUCCUAAGAUCAAGACACCAGAUGAAGGGAAGCGCUCUCGUUAUCACAUUCUCCACAUGGCUUUCUGGGCACUGCAGCUAUUCUGGAAUGAGAUGCAGCGACUUCCCAAGCCCAGAGAUCAGGCAGAUGCAGAGAAGAUGGUGGAGCUGUCACAGACCUUACCUAUGAGUGGGGAACCACUGCAAAAUGAUCUGAUCCAGACAUUUUCAUAUGGAUGCGCUGGUGACUUGUGUCCCAUGAAUGCCUUCAUUGGAGGCUUAGCUGCCCAAGAGGUACUGAAGGCUGCCUCAGGGAAGUUCACCCCUCUGGACCAGUGGCUGUAUUUUGAUGCCUAUGAGUGCCUCCCUGAAGAUGUACAGCUGACAGCAGAAGAUUGUGCUCCAUGUGACAGCCGCUAUGAUGGGCAGGUUGCUGUCUUUGGGAUCGACUUCCAGAAACGGCUUGGGAAGCAAAAAUAUUUUAUGGUGGGAGCAGGCGCCAUUGGCUGUGAGCUCCUGAAGAAUUUUGCAAUGAUGGGCUUGGCUGCUGGAGAGGGUGGGAACCUCACUGUGACAGACAUGGAUACCAUUGAAUACUCCAAUCUCAACAGGCAAUUCCUCUUUCAACCACAGGAUGUGUCUAAGCUGAAGUCAGAGGUGGCAACAACUGCUGUAAAAUUCAUGAAUCCCAAUAUGAAUGUGGUAGCAGAGCAGAAUCAGGUUGGGCCUGAAACAGAGCAUUUCUAUGGAGAUGACUUCUACCUUGGUCUGGAUGGCGUAGUCAAUGCCCUAGACACCUUUCAUGCCAGAGUGUAUGUGGCCAAAAGGUGUGUGCAGUACCUGAAACCACUGAUCGAUUCUGGAACUCACGGUACCAAUGGGCACGUUCAGGUCAUUUUGCCCUUUCUAACACAACUAUAUGGCCAAGCUCAGGAUGUGGAUGAGAAAGAGCAUCCUCUCUGUACUCUACGCCAUUUCCCUAGCACCAUCCAGCAUGCCAUACAGUGGGCCAGAGAUCAGUUUGAAGGUCUUUUCAAGAUAACAGCAGAGAACACCUACAAAUUCCUGAAGGAUCCCGGUUUCUUUGAGACCCAAGAAGGGAAGGCUUUGGAGACACUCGAGAGAAUGCACUGCAGCCUUCAGGAAAAGCCGGACAGCUGCGGGGACUGUGUGAUCUGGGCCCGGAGACUUUGGGAGCGCCUUUUCUCCCAUGAUAUCCAGCAGCUGCUGCACAACUUUCCACCUGAAUAUAAGACAAGCUCUGGGCUUCCUUUCUGGUCAGGGCCAAAGCGAUGUCCACGGCAACUGGAUUUUGAUUGCAAAAAUGACACACACAAGAACUUCAUUUUGUCAGCCAGUCGCCUCUUUGCCCAAAUGCACAGGUUACCUGUCAGUGAGGACAUAUCUACUGCCCUCCAAGUACUCCCUGACCUGCAUCUCCAAUCUUUCCAGCCACAUGAGGGAGUGCAUAUUCCACUCACUGACCAAGAGAUGCAGAAACCAAGGAGUGCUUCUGAUCAGGUGAAGCUAGCUGAGCUGAAGCAGGAAUUGACAGAGCUAAGGCAAGAAAUGAUGAAGCAUAGCGACUUCACCUCUGACAUCAUGACACCCAUUCACUUUGAGAAGGAUAAUGACAUCCACUUGGACUUCAUCACUACUGCAGCCAAUCUGCGAGCUGAGAACUAUGGCAUCCCUCCCAUUAGUAAACUCCAGGCCAAGAGAAUAGCUGGAAAGAUUGUCCCUGCUAUUGCCACAACCACAGCAGCUGUAGCUGGCCUGGUAUGCCUGGAACUUUACAAGCUGGUGUGGGGACACAGGAAUCUCAACUCCUAUUGUACCAGCUUCCUGUGGCUCUCGGAGCCCUUGCUUAAUCGAGUUUAUCCCCUGUCAGCUCCACAGUCAUACAAGUACCACCAGAAGACAUGGAGCUGCUGGGACAGGAUCGAAGUGCCAGGUUUUGAUGCCAAAGGAGAAGAAAUCAGCUUGUGGGACCUUUGUAAUCAUAUCCAGAAGGAACACAGCCUGGUGCCAUGGAUAAUAUUAUAUGGGAGGACUACUCUUUAUGAUGGGUCCUGGGAGCAAAGUGUGAGAGAACAACAGCUUUCUUAUAGGUAGGGGCAUUACAGAGCAAAGUUCUCAAGAGCCUGAAGUUUACCCCCUCUUUCAACAUUUCCUGAAAAAGAAAAACUAGGGACAGAUGUAAGGGUAAAGUGACAGUGACAGCCCUGUGAUGUUAUCUUCACCACACUGUCAGCCUUCCAGUAACUACCCUGUGACAGAAGGAAAAGUGAUAUUUGGCCCUCUGUAUCCAUGGAUUUCUUAUCCACAAAUUCAAGCAUCCAUGGCUUGAAAAU